AAAGACAUAAAUCAUUACAUGUUUAAAAUAUUUACAUGAUAAGCAGACAACAGUCUGUCCUAUAUGCAUGAAUUACUUUAAUGACUAUAAAUGAGAGGACAGUUUAAUUGAAUGAAGGACAGAGGACCAUUGUGCUGAGGAAUCUGGAGCGCCACAGCUCACAAUCCCUGGCUCUUUCGACAACAUCUGUUAUUAUACUUGCCAAAUGACCCUCGAAAUGUAAUUCUGUUUUUAAAAGAGAUGUAAUUUUUCAUAUUUUGUCUCUCUUAGUUGUUUUCAGUUUGAUUGGUUUUGACAUGCUGGCUGAUUGAUCUAUGAAGGCACUUGGCUAUGGCACCGAUUGGCUUUCUAGCACUGGCAGUGUACGGAUUGGUGGUUGCCCGGGGCGAUCAGUUAAAACAGGCCCGCACACCUCUGUUGCCCCAUCGGCCAUUUGUGGUCAUGUGGAACGCGCCUACCGAAUCCUGCCGUCUACGAUUCAAGGUGGAUUUGGACCUUAGUGUCUUCGACAUAGUUGCUAACCACAACGAGACCCUGAGUGGUCCCAACGUGACUAUCUUUUACCAUAGUCACCUCGGUUAUUACCCCUACUACACUGGCUCUGGAUUUCCCAUCAACGGUGGCCUACCUCAGAACCAAAGCUUGAGCAAACAUCUCAGAAAAGCUCGAGCAGACAUCGAUAAGCUCAUACCCUUCAAGGACUUUCACGGGUUGGGCGUCAUCGACUGGGAAAACUGGCGCCCGCAGUGGGUGCGCAACUGGGGCUCGAAAGACAUCUACCGGAACAAGUCUAAAGAGCUUAUGCGAAAAUUGCAUCCGGGUUGGCCACAAAGCAAAGUGGAGAACGAAGCGAAGGAGGCGUUUGAGAGAUCUGGAUUGGCAUUUAUGAACUCCACGCUCCAACUGGCCGAAAGCCGGCGUCCGCAUGGUCUUUGGGGUUUCUACCUCUUCCCUGAUUGUUACAAUUACGGUUACAAGCAGCAUCCGUCGCGUUACGGUGGAGAAUGUCCUAACGUCGAGCACGUACGUAAUGACCACCUGAUGUGGCUGUGGAAGGAGAGCACAGCUCUUUAUCCUUCCAUCUAUCUUGACUAUGAGCUCAAGUCUUCACCCAACACGGUAAAAUAUGUGCACUAUCGUGUCAAGGAGGCCAUGCGGAUCGCCUCGAUCGCCCGGAAUGACUAUACGUUGCCGGUUUUUGUCUACUCGAGGCCUUUUUAUGCCUAUACAUUUGAUGUACUGUCAGAGAGCGAUUUGAUCCACACUAUAGGAGAGAGUGCAGCACUGGGAGCCGCUGGUGUGGUGCUAUGGGGAUCUUCUGAAUAUUCAAGAUCUGAGAGAAACUGUCUGAUAAUCAAAAACUACAUCGACGGUCCGCUGGGUCACUACGUGAUCAACGUGACCUCAGCCGCUAAACUGUGCAGCAAAGCCUUGUGCAAGAAAAACGGCAAAUGCGUCCGUAAAAGUCUUGAAUCUGGGGCCUACUUGCACCUUAACCCUCGUUUCUUCAACAUUCAACUCAACCGAGGCAUCCGUGGACCUCGCUUCUACGUCAGUGGCCACCUGAACAACCUCGACAUCGUGGAAAUGAAGCAAAAGUUCACCUGCCAGUGUUAUCAGGGCUGGACCGGCAUUUACUGUGAGAUGCCUCAGGAAGCCCAGCCUCUCGCCCCACACCAGACGGACGGUGUCCUGGAAGAACUAAUGGUGGUCUUGUCUCUGCAUUUCUCCUGUCUGUCUGCUAUCAUGUUCUUGGGACUUUGUCUUAUCAUUAAGUGUCUGAUACUGUAAGACGGACGUCAGGUUUAUAUGCAUUGAGUAAACUAAAUGUUUUUAUUGGGCAACAUGAGUGCAAAUGUCUAAUAGCUUUUUUGUACGGAAGACGUAUCUAGAAAAAUUGACUUAACCUGCAUUUUAUGUCUCUCCAGCAUUUUUGUUUAAGAUUUAGAACACACAUUAAAGUAAUGAACGGACUACAGCUUUAUCUCUUUUCAAUUAUUGGACAAAAAUAUAUACAGUAUUUUACUGUUUCUAAUCUGCAAGUACACAA